AUAAUAAAGUUGUAUUAAAAACUAAAAGUGUUUAUAAUAAAAUUAAAGUAAAAAUAUGACGGAUAAAUUUAAUGGCUUUAGUCAAGAUGAAAUAAAUCGUGUGUCCGGCAAUAAACAUAAAAAACUUACAGCCGCGGAAACGAUGAAACCAGCUACAUUUCGUGGUGGACACGGUGGCAUCAGACGUAUGCCUGACAAAAGUGAAUAUUUACGCCAGCAGAAAAUGUCUCAAAUAAAACAGCAACAACAAACGCAAGUAGCAUCCACAAAUACAAAUUUGGCCAAUAACAAUAUUAACAACAAUAAUAAAAUGGCUGAAAAACUUAAAACUAUACAAUCAAAUGAUUCCCUAGAAGAUAUCAAUCUCGAUCGCAGUAUGUCAAAAUCUUUAGAAGAAGCUUUAUUCUAUCAACCCCAACAACAACAACAGCAGCAACUUACAACUAAUAAAGCUUAUCUCGCGGGUGAGCAGCAGCAACGUUUACAAGGUCAUGAUGAAGCUCUUAAAAGUACAACAAAUCAUAUGAAUACACACACAUCUACACAAUCGUUAAGUGAAGAUUCUUCGAUUUUAAAGCUUGACAAUGAAAUGGAUACUCAAAUAUCAUCCUCAACUUUGGACGAUUCUUCGAUAUUACCUUCAACUUUACCAGCUGAUAGAAAUGGGAAAGCGGCAGCUUUUGCAGCCCCUGGUUCUCUAAAUAUUCAGUCACCUUUUAAGGGUGUUUCACUGAAAGAUUUUGAAUCUCAUCGUAAAAUGAUCGAAGAACAAAAUCGCCAGAAAAAGGAAAUGUUGUACAAAGCUAUCGAACAACAUUCUCAAAAAACUGCCGCUGAAGCUCGUAAAAUUGAAGAAAUUAAAGCUGAAUUAGCCAAAUUAGACAACGAUCUUGCCGUAGAUGUUGCGCUCUUAAGAAAACAAAUCGAUAAUGCCUGCAUACAUUUUGCCACUGUUGAAAAACAAUAUAUGAAAAUAGAGUCUCAAUUUCUAAAAGCCAAAAUCGAUUUACAUAAUGCUGCCGAGAAAAAAGAGUUAUUAACUGAACACUUAUGUACUGUUAUCGCCCACAAUGAAGAUCGUAAGGCACAGAAACUAACAGAACUAAUGGAAAAAGUGGGCUUAGCCACAAAUGGUGAAUACGAAGCACCGACAUCGACAUCAAAUUGAAAACUUUAUUAUUUAUAAACGUUUCGGAAUAAUUGUUUUGAAAACAUUUAUUUUCGAUUGCUUUUUUCUGCAACAUAUAAACGUAUCUUGAUGAUAUUAGUUAAUUUCAAUUUAAAGUUUGCAAUAUUCUAUAAUAAAUUUACAAAUCUCUCUAUAUUUUUUAUAUAUGUAUAUGUAUUUAGUUAAUAAAAUAUAUUGUACGUAAUAAUAUUAGUUUAGUAUAAUGCGUAAGAAAUUGUCAAUUAAAAAUAUUGUGUUCUCGCUCUGCAUGUAUUUUAAAAAUAUUGAAAGUAAAUUCGAAUUUUGUGUGUACUUGUUUAUAAUUUAACAAUUUUUAUAUUAAAUUAAUUCGAUCGUAAUUAAAUGUUAGUUA